CCUCAAUAGGUAGUUGGUAUCGAACUUAUAGCUGAAGUUUAAUUUCGACCCGAUCCAAAGAGGACCUACAGCUUUUGCGUUGCAGCGACCCAAACGCACGUUUAAUGGCUACAUUUGUUCCCGUUGCGCCCCCCCCUACGAGCGCUUUUAACGAUGCAUACGUCAAAUCACAGCUCACAAAAUGGGACCUACUGCGCAACAUGAGGUACCUUGUGGUGCGCUACACCAAGCACUACCACAAGAUGCAGGGGCAGGAGCUGGUCACGGACCUGCUCAAUGACCCCAAAGUCCAGGAGGUUUUCCAGGUGCUCCGCAAGGGCGGCAGCUGGGCGGGCCUGGGCGGCUCCGUCCUGCGGGCGGACGUGAGCCUGCUGCCCGCCUCGCUAACAAGGCUAGACCUGUUUGACAAGCUGUCCGAGGCCUCCUCGCCGCAGAUCGUGCGGGCCAACGGCGACAUCUGCAAGUGCAUGGAGGACGUGCGGGAGGGCUUCCAGAUCUCCGACCUGCUUCGCGAGAUGCUGCUGGUGGAGGAGUCGGAGAACGCGGGGCUGAUGAGCGAGGCAGAGCGGGGCGAGCUGCUGUGGCGGCUGUUCGAGCACUGCGUGCUGGGGGGCGCAUGCUGCCAGUUCGAGGACAAGCUGGAGCCCUAUGUCGAGGUCAGCAAGCGGCUGUACAAGGAGCUCGUGAGCGCACAGAAGGACCCAGGAUCCGGCAAGGUUGGCGUGUCGUCUGUCGUAUACAAGAUCAACGCCGUACAUCAAGAAGCGGGUCCCGUUGAGCUCUACCCGAGCACAUCCAGACAGAACUUCUGCUACGCUGCAGUGGACCCUGCGCGACGUGUGGUGAAAAUCUUGUACCACGCUUUCGUGCCGUACUGGUAGUGUCUGGUGUUACCACACCGACGCUGCGCACAUGCUAGCAUUACUGGGGCUAAGCAGGAUAGCUAACGUAAGCGCUUACAGUACUUGCAAUGCCGUAUCGCGCACAUAGUUUAUAUGACUGGUAUGUACGUGCCCAGGAACACAAUACAGGUUCCGCACACAUAUUUUCGUUGUCAUGGUCAGCUGGGACGAAGCCUAAUGGCGUAAUGGGCAAAGAGGAACAAAUGCAGCUAUCCGGUUUGACGAGUACACUUCAUGACACAAUUUCGUUACCCUGUGAUAUACUUAUGCGUACAUACGGUUAGGCGCGGCCGGCAGUCUUGUUUCACGACGGCAUGUGGCGUGCAUUUCAUCUGGGACAUGACACGCUUCUCAGAAACUCGUACAGGUGCCAACGGCGAACUGAAGUCCUUAUAAGGACGUACCAUUUACCAUGUAAAGGACCAAAAGAGUAC